AGUCCCUUCCCCAAGGCCGACCUUCUCAUGGCCUCUGACCCCCUCCUCCUUCCCACCCUACUCUGCCGGGUGCAUCGGGUGUCCAGUGAACCCCUUUCCCAAACCUUCAGGGAGAAGGGACGUGGGAGGAGGCAAAGAAACUACAGGCAGGGAGCUGGAAGGAGGGGGAAGGAGACAAGAAAUCAAGACACCAGGCAGCGGGACGCACACACUCACAUACGCUCACACACAUAGAGGCCAACAGACAGACAGCUACCCAAAGCCUGAAAGACUGACAGCAACACAGAAAAAGAGAAACGCACAGAAAGAGAGACAAAGACAGAAAUAGAAACAGACUAACACGCAGAGUCAGAAAUACAGAGACAGAAGGACAGGGAGAAAGAGAAACAGAAAAUUAGACACCAAAGAGAUACGAACAGGGAGGAAGGCCGACUGAAGGAAAGACGGAGAAGAGGAGAGAGAAGCCAGGGCCAAGCGUGCCAGCAGGCGGAUGGAGGGCGGCCUGGUGGAGGAGGAGACAUAGUGGCCCAGGCUGAGCUGGGUGGGCCGGGAGAAGCGGGUGCCUCAGCGCGGGGGUGGGGGCAUGGGAGGGGCAGGCAUUCUGCUGCUGCUGCUGGCCGGGGCGGGGGUGGUGGUGGCCUGGAGGCCCCCAAAGGGAAAGUGUCCCUUGCGCUGUUCCUGCUCCAAAGACAGCGCCCUGUGUGAGGGAUCCCCGGACCUGCCUGUCAGCUUCUCUCCAAACCUGCUGUCACUCUCAUUCGUCAGGACUGGAGUCACCCAGCUGAAAGCCGGCAGCUUCCUGAGAAUUCCGUCUCUGCACCUGCUCCUCUUCACCUCCAACUCUUUCUCCGUGAUUGAGGAUGAUGCGUUUGCGGGCCUGUCCCACCUGCAGUACCUCUUCAUCGAGGACAAUGAGAUUGGCUCCAUCUCUAAGAAUGCCCUCAGAGGACUUCGCUCGCUUACACACCUAAGCCUGGCCAAUAACCACCUGGAGGCCCUCCCCAGAUUCCUGUUCCGAGGCCUGGAGACCCUUACUCACGUGGACCUCCGUGGGAACCCGUUCCAGUGUGACUGCCGCGUCCUCUGGCUCCUGCAGUGGAUGCCCACCGUGAACGCCAGCGUGGGGACCGGCGCCUGUGCGGGCCCCGCCGCCCUGAGCCAUAUGCAGCUCCGCCACCUCGACCCCGAGACCUUCAAGUGCAGAGCCAUAGAGCUGUCCUGGUUUCAGACGGUGGGGGAGUCGGCCCUGAGCGUAGAGCCCUUCUCCUACGAAGGCGAGCUUCACAUUGUGCUGGCACAGCCCUUCGCCGGCCGCUGCCUGAUCCUCUCCUGGGACUACAGCCUGCAGCGCUUUCGGCCCAAGGAAGAGCUGCCCGCGCCCUCCGUGGUGUCCUGCAAGCCACUGGUGCUGGGUCCGAGCCUCUUCGUGCUGGCUGCCCGCCUGUGGGGGGGCUCACAGCUGUGGGCCCGGCCCAGUCCCGGCCUGCGCCUGGCCCCAACGCAGACCCUGGCCCCGCGGCGGCUGCUGCGGCCCAAUGACGCCGAGCUCCUGUGGCUGGAAGAGCAGCCCUGCUUCGUGGUGGCCGACGCCUCCAAGGCAGGCAGCACCACGCUGCUGUGCCGCGACGGGCCCGGCUUUUACCCGCACCAGAGUCUGCACGCCUGGCACAGGGACACGGACGCUGAGGCCCUGGAACUGGACGGCCGGCCCCAUCUGCUGCUGGCCUCGGCUUCCCAGCGGCCCGUGCUCUUCCACUGGACCGGUGGCCGCUUCGAGAGACGCACAGACAUCCCUGAGGCCGAGGAUGUCUAUGCCACACGCCACUUCCAGGCUGGUGGGGACGUGUUCCUGUGCCUCACACGCUACAUUGGGGACUCCAUGGUCAUGCGCUGGGACGGCUCCAUGUUUCGUCUGCUGCAGCAACUUCCCUCGCGCGGUGCCCACGUCUUCCAGCCACUGCUCAUCGCCAGGGACCAGCUGGCCAUCCUGGGCAGCGACUUUGCCUUCAGUCAGGUCCUCCGUCUUGAGCCUGACAAGGGGCUCCUGGAGCCGCUGCAGGAGCUGGGGCCCCCGGCCCUGGUGGCCCCCCGUGCCUUCGCCCACAUCACUAUGGCCGGCAGACGCUUCCUCUUUGCUGCUUGCUUUAAGGGCCCCACACAGAUCUACCAGCAUCACGAGAUUGACCUCAGUGCCUGACACCACCAACAGGACUCUGGGCAUGGCUGGGGCCCCGGGAUGGCCCCUUGUCUGGCUCCUGGCCCCACUUGGGGUGAUGGCCACCUGUGAGCUGCUGACCAUGGGCCACAUUCAUCAGCCAUACGUCUAGGCCUUAAGCCCACUUCUUAAAGGAUCUGCACCCAUGGGGUGACAUAGAGGGUCACAGCCUAUUGGACCUCCCGAGCUGCCCUUCAGGUCUAAAGCAACAUCUGGACAUCUCGGCUGGGACAGAUUCCCCAUCAAAGGCAACCUGGGGGUGCAGGCUGGUGCACUGCAUGGAGUCGAGGUGGAGAUCACCUGCAGAGCUCCAUGAGGUCCGGAAGCCCCCUCUCAACCCGCUCCCACCCCCGCUGGUCCCUCUGAAAGCACUGAGGAGUCGAUGGCAUUCCUUUCCCAUUCUAAACUCCAUGCAGCCAAUCGCUUUCCUGGAAAAGCACCAACCUCAAAGCCAACUCAGCGCUGGGCGGGUUCCCCUUUGCUGCUUGUGCGCAUGCGUGCGGCCGCCAGGGGCGCUGUGCCUCUUGCGCCUCUUGCGCGUGCGCGGGGCACAAGGAGGGACGACGGGAGGUGUCGCGGGGAGCCCGGUGCCCUCCUGGAUGGGCGAUGGAGGCAAGGACAAGAAGAGUCCGAGCUCAAUAAAUGCGCUGUGCACCCU